GAAGCAUGACUUUCUGGAAUAAUAAUAGCUAAAGUUUUUUGAGGACUUGCCAGUGUACUAGGCACACUUCUAAGGGUUUAACGCUUUGUACCUUGAGCAAGGGGCUCCUUACUCCUGGCAGAGGACUGACUCAAGGAUCCCAGAAUUCCGAGAAACAGAGAGUCUUCCACAUUCGUGAAGUUCGAGAUAAGUUGCGGGAGAUAGUAGGAGUAUCCACAGACUGGAGAGACCAUGUGAAAGCAAUGGAGGAAAGAAAAUUACUUCACAGUUUUUUGGCUAAGUCUCAGAAAGGACUGCCACCUAGGAGAAUGAAAGACAGUUACAUUGAAGUUCUCCUGCCUUUGGGCAGUCAGCCUGAAUUACGAGAGAAAUAUUUGACUGUUCAAAACACCAUAAGAUUUGGAAGGAUUCUUGAGGAUCUUGACAGCUUAGGAGUUCUUAUUUGCUACAUGCACACCAAAAUUCAUUCAGCUAAGAUGUCUCCUUUAUCAAUAGUUACAGCCCAGGUGGACAAGAUUGAUUUGUGUAAGACGAGCUUAGGCCCAGAACACGACAUCAAGUUCAGUGGCCAUGUGAGCUGGGUUGGGAAGACUUCCAUGGAAGUAAAGAUGAAAAUGUGCCAGUUACAUGGCGAUGAAUUUUGUCCUGUUUUGGAUGCAACAUUUGUAAUGGUGGCUCGUGAUUCUGAAAAUAAAGGGCCUGCAUUUGUAAAUCCACUCAUCCCUGAAAGCCCAGAGGAAGAAGAGCUCUUUAGACAAGGAGAAUUGAACAAGGGGAGAAGGGUUGCCUUCACCUCCACGUCCUUACUGAAAAUGGCUCCCAGUGCUGAGGAGAGGACGACCAUACAUGAGAUGUUUCUUAACACGCUGGAUCCAAAGACUAUAAGUUUUCGAAGUCGAGUUUUGCCCCCUAAGGCAAUGUGGAUGGAGAACUCAAAACUGAAGAGCUUGGAAGUUUGCCACCCUCAGGAGCGGAACAUUUUUAAUCGGAUCUUUGGCGGUUUCCUUAUGAGGAAGGCAUAUGAACUUGGAUGGGCGACUGCUUGUAACUUCGGUGGUUCCCGACCGUUUGUCAUAGCAGUGGAUGAUAUCAUGUUUCAGAAACCUGUUGAGGUUGGAUCACUGCUGUUUCUUUCUUCGCAGGUUUGCUUUACUCAGGACAAUUACAUGCAAGUCAGAGUACACAGUGAAGUGGCCUCUCUUCAGAAUAGAGAGCAUACGACCACCAAUGUCUUUCAUUUCACGUUCAUGUCGGAAAAAGAAGUGCCCUUGGUUUUUCCCAGAACGUAUGGAGAGUCCAUGCUGUAUUUAGAUGGGCAGCGACAUUUCAACUCCAUGAGUGUACCAGUGAAUUUGAGAAAGGACUACCUUGUGGAGCCCUAGGAGAGCCAUGCUUGUUGAAGACCAGCACUCCACAGUGACGUAGUGCCUGAUGAAGGCCUGAUCCAGUGUUUGGUUUUAGUGUUUAUUCUCAUCCUCCAUAGAGAAGAAGAAUGUAUUCAGCUUUUGGGAUGAUCAGAAAUGCAGAACGAGAGGGUGGCCGGGUGGGUGGGGCAGAAGGAGAAAAAGUUAUUAAACAAUAAAUACUUUUAAAAUAAUUUAAA